AUGUCCAUCAGGCCGCUCCCACAAGGCGCCGUCGACAAAAUCCAGUCAUCGGCUGCGAUUACCUCCUUGAACGACGUGGUGUGCGGCCUCGUGAAGAACUCUCUUGAUGCAAGCUCCUCGAAACUGAACAUACAUCUCAACUUUGUCCUGGGAAAUUGCACCGUUGACGAUGACGGGACUGGAAUCGACGCAAGUGAAUUCGAGGAGACUGGCGGAUUGGCAAAACUGCACCAUUCGUCCAAGAUGCCGCCAAAUGCGACGACUCAUGGUAGGCAUGGCAAUUUUAUCGCUUCUGUUGCCGCCUUUUCACUUCUUACCGUGGUUUCCCGUCGCUACAGGCACGAGACUCAAGCGGCCGUGUCCCUCCACAACGGUAUAGUUCUGUCGCGACGUGUCCCGCCGCCGCCAGAUGAACGAUUCGAAACUUUUGCCGCCGGAACGCGUGUGUCUGUUCGUGAUCUUUUUGGGUCGAUGCCCGUGAGGGCAAAACAACGUGCUAAUUUGUUUUCCGAGCGUGCACGGAUCGAUAAAGAGUGGGAUGCUCUCAUCAAAGAGGUUGCCAGCCUGUUGCUCGCAUGGCCAUCCGAGGUAUCGAUUUUGCUGAGGGAAUCCAACACGCAGAGAGAAGUUCGGCUGAGGUCUGGAAGCACCGAUAUCGUGUCCCGGACCUCGAGAUUGUUCACUCAGACAGGCUUGGCAGGGAUUGAAGAUGCACCCUCGUGGGUACCUGUGUCAGCAUCUAGCCGCCACGUGAGGAUUAAAGGCGCCAUUUCUCAAACUCCUGUCGCAACCCGUCGCUGUCAAAUCAUGAGCCUCGGAAUCCGGCCCAUCCCGAAUAACUUUGGUACAAACGUGCUUUACGAUGUAGCAAACAAAAUCUUCAAGGCUUCGAGUUUCGGAUUAGUCCAAGAUGAAGACCUGUCGCCGGGGCCGGGGCGACAACACGGAAAAGCAAAAAAGGGCAUCGAGCGAUGGCCAAUGUUUUACUUUGAGAUUCAUCUUCUCGGCAGAGAUGGUUGCUCAGCCCUGGAGAUAACCUUGGGAGACUCUCAACACACCUUGCAGGCCAUUAUUGACCUGCUCAGGGUGACUUGCCACGGAUUUCUGAAAAAGCAUUGUCUGCAGCCUAAACGUAUCCGUCACAUGGCUGCAGAUUCAAACCAACCAAGCACACGCUUUGGCUGGAGACGUGGGUACAACGCAGCAAAAAGCCUGGCCACUGCUGUUACCCGCCCGUCUUCUGACGCAGCUCCGAAUCCCGAGCUGACCCUUCCAUAUAGCCCAUUUGACGGGUGGAAUCACAUCAAAGUCGGAACAGCAGUUGGUGUGAAAGAAGGAGCCCAAGUGGUGGUACGUCAAGAUGACACAAAGCCCGCCAUUUCAGCCGCAACAGGUUCCUGCCGUCGCCUUGCGGGGGAAAGCGGAGCCAUGUUGCGCAGGCCGUUCGAUAAGGUCGAUGAAGCGAAGGAACUUGUCGAUACUCAACCGUCAGCACAACCUGAGAUUGGCAACGUAUUGUCUGGAGCGCCCGUCACCAUUGGCACGGGCCAAGCAGAGAGCGCUGGUCAGCCCAAGCCAGCGAUGGGCGAGGCCACCGGGCGACGCUCACAAGCCUUGGAAGGGUUCCCAGAGCCGUCAGCGCAAGAAUGGCUCCAAGAUGUUCUCCGUUGUUGGAAAAAUCCCGUGUUCGAGUUGACUGAAAUUCCGAUACCAACACUACAUCAAGGCGGUCCCGAUGUGCAGCGGGUAGUCGAAAUGAGACGCGAGGGCCCCACGAGCAAGUAUUACUCGAAGCAAAAUGACGUGCAAUUUGAAGCCGUCGCCAUGGGACUGAAUGGCCGACUGUCGCGAAAGACAUUGUCUGAUGCAGAGGUGCUCGGCCAGGUUGAUCGGAAAUUCAUUCUUCUCCAGUUGCCGUUGCACUCGCCCUCGGGCAAUCCAAAGGCGGACCCGUCGUCGGCUUUGGUCAUGCUCGAUCAACACGCAGCAGAUGAGAGAUGUCGCUUGGAGAGGCUGAUGUCGGACUACUUUCCACCCCAGAGUGGUCCUCUACGCGCCUUUGUAGAGAUCUUGGACCAGCCAAUCACGUUGGAAGUAUCCGCCAGGGAAAGGGAAUUGCUUGAUCGUUUCCACACCCAUUUCGACGCCUGGGGGAUUGCUUACACAGCCAAGCCAGCGGAAGAGGCCAAGCCAUGCACGGUCAAAGUCACAGCACUUCCACCCUCCAUACUGAGGAGAUGCCGGAGCGACCCAGGGCUGGUCAUGAACGUCUUGCGAAAGGAGAUUUGGAAGCUGGAGGAGAGGGGCAUGCCGCCACCCCUGCCGGUGCACAAAGCCGGCAACUCAAUGGUUUCGAGCUUUCACAACUGCCCGCACGGGAUAUUGGAACUGCUACAUUCUCGGGCAUGCCGAAGUGCCAUCAUGUUUUAUGACGAGCUCACAAUGAGCGAAUGCGAGGGGCUCUUGCGGCGCCUAUCCGAGUGUGCGUACCCGUUUCAGUGUGCGCACGGUCGACCAAGCAUGGUGCCUCUGGUCGAUAUAGGGUCAGGCAGUGGUCGACUUGGGCGAUGGAGCGAAGCAAGGUCCGAGAUUGGACGAGGACGGUGGAGGAAAUGGCUUCAUGGCGGUGGCUGA